AUGAAGAUCGUUGUGUAUGAAAAGCCGACCGGUGUGAUGAAAAUUGUAGAGGAGCAUUAUGAAAAUUCAAGAUCCAUUUUGAAUAGAUACACAGUAGACCAACUAAAAAAUUGGAAAUCUCUAGAUUUAUACUUUAUAUUGGGUAUUGAUUCUUUAAGAAAUGCUGAGAUAUCUCAGAAAUUAUUGAAGAAUCAAUACCGAAAGCAGACAUUAAAGUACCAUCCAGAUAAAGGACGCUCGUAUAAUGAAGCAUUUAUAGCAAUACAAAAAGCAUACAAGACACUUAGUAACGAGGUAACAAAAAGGAGAUAUGAUUCUGUCUUUUUUGAUGAGAGUAUACCAAAGGAUAGAAUUUACGAUGAGAUUGAGUUUUUUAGGAUUUUUGGUCCUGUAUUUAAAAGGAACUCAAAGUUUAGUGUUAAGGGACCGAUACCACACUUAGGAGACAUGAACAGUACGUUAGAAGAGAUAGAGGAUUUUUAUAAAUUCUGGAGAUCCUUCGAGUCGUGGAGGUCCUUUGAGUUUUUGGACGAAGAAGAUACGGAGGGGUUAUCUAGGAGUGAUAAGAGGUAUGUUGAGAAGAAGAAUAAGAACAGGAAGGAUAAGUUAAAGAGAGAGGAUACUCUUAGGAUCAAAGCACUUGUUGAGAUGAGUAUUAAGAGGGAUCCUAGACUUUCAAAAUCCAAAAAAAGUGGUUCUAAGCAAGAAGGAUCUCUGAAGAUGGAUCCAAAGCUUCUAUCUAACCGAUGGAAUGAGGAGGAUAUCCAGAGAUUGAUAGGACUUAUGGAUAAGAUCAAGGUAACUCAUAGGAAUAGAUGGAUUGAGAUUUCUAGAAACUUCAAUUUGGGGAGGGAUGAAAAGAAAGAACCAAAAGAGAUAUUAAUAAAGUGCAAUGAGAUUGGAAGGAUUUACUCAAAGAAAUAA